CUCACUCACACACACACACACACACACACACACACACACACACACAUCAGCUGACAGCAGCUGAAAAUGUGAAUCUCAAAAGUGUGUGCUGAAGCAUUCAUAACUCUGGACAAAUUCAAAGCUGACGGAGUUUACUGGGCUUGUGCACUUCACACCAUGUGUGUGCCUUUUAUCAGAAGAAAGAAAAGGUCUUUAAAUGUGUUUCUGUGGCAGACGUGAUUGAGAUCUGUGCGCUCAGCGUCCUGCACUGCUCUGCUGGUCAAGCACGAGUCUGACAGAUACAGUCAGACGUUAGAGAAGUGCUGACCUCUAACUCUUCUGACCUCUUCCUCACACGAGACCGCUUUAGAGCUGGGCGCUACACGAUAUCAGUUUAUCGCAAUAUUCAUUUACAGUUAAUGGGGAAAGAAAUACUUCUCACAUGUGUGUUGGACCUUGAGAGUAAAUGUAAACAUAACUUUGUCCACAAUUAAGCUCUGCAGAGUAACAUAGCUUUUAAUAUAGGCACUCAUGAAAUCCUUUUUACUUUUAGAACGGGUUUGAGUUACAUGAGGAUGAGAAAAUUAAAACAGUGGUUUUUGGGUGAAUUGUGCACACUGUCGUUCAAAAGUUUGGGAUCAGUAGGAUUUUUAAUGGAGUCUCUUCUGCUCAUCAAGGCUGUAUUUAUUUGAUCAAAAAUACAGGGAAAAAACAGUAAUAUUGUGAAAUAUUAUUGCAAUUUCUAAUAUUGUUUUCCUGUUUUAAUAUACUUUCAAAUAUAAUGUAUUGAUCUUUCAGAAGUCAUUCUAAUAUGCUGAUUUAUGAUCAGUGUUCAAACUGUUGCGCUGAUUAUUUAAUUUUAUUUUACUUUUUUUUUUUGGAACCUGUGAUGCUGUUCUUUUUAGCUUUUUAUUCAUCAAAGAAAAAAAGUAUUUAUUCAAAAUAUAAAUCUUUUUCUUUACUAACAAGUUUUAUCCAUUUAACACAUCCUUGCUGAAUAAAAGUAUAAAUUUCUUUAAAAAAAAGAAAGAAGAAUUUACUGACCCCAAACUUUUGAACAGUGGUGUACGUAUAUUGUAACACAAAAUUUUCAUUUUGAAUAAACACUUGUUUUUAGCUUUUUAUUUAUCAAAGAAUCCUGAAAAAAUAUCACAGGUCCCAAAAAAAAAUAUUUAUAACAUUGAUUAUAAAUCAACAUAUGAGAAUGAUUUCUGAAGAUCAUGUGACUCUGAAGACUGGCGUAAUGAUGCUGAAAAUACAGCUGCGCAUCACAGAAAUACAUUACAGUUUAAAGUAUAUUAAAGCAGGAAGUAGUUAUUUUAAAUUUCCCAGGGAAAGCAAGAGCUGAUAAAAUGUAAAAACUGUAACUUGAAUGCAAUGUAAGUCGCUUUGGAUAAAAGCGUCUGCUAAAUGCAUAAAUGUAAAUGUAAAUGUAAAUGUAAAUUUCAAUAAUAUUUCACAGAAUUACAUUACUUUUUUCUGUAUUUUUGAUCAAAUAGAUACAGCCUUGAUGAGCAGAAGAAGUUAUUUGCUACCUACUAAAAGGAUCUCUUGAACAGCGGUGUGUGAGGGUUUAGAGUAGAUUAAUGUGUAUGAUGGGUCUCUCUGCUUUAAAUACGAUAUUAUCAUCCAGCUGCAGUGUGUGUGUGUGAUUGAAGGUGAUUGUGUGAACAGAUUGACAGAUUAGAGCGCAGGUUAAUCCCGUGUGUGUGUAAGAGACUCAUUCAGUGCUGCUUCAUUGUUUCUGAAGGAGCGAGUGUGUUGGUGAAUCGGUCGGCUGUAAGCAUGUCUGUGCUCUCGCUCCUGCGCUCUCCGCGGCUGUCCUUCCUGCAGACGCUGCUGUCUCUGCUGCUGUCUCUGGUGUCGCUCUCGUCCUCACACUGGUGCGUGGGCCAGCAGAAGGUGCCCAAGCCGCUGUGCUCCGCGGUGCGCCGGCUCAAGUGCACUCCGGUGAACGGCGUCUCGGACGGAUCCUUCUCCUGGGAGACCGGCGACGACCGCUUCAUCUUCCCCACCUUCCACGCCGGCCUCUGGACCACCUGCGAGGAGAACAUCUUCACCGACGCCUGGGAGGAGAAGUGUCGCAGUUUCAUGGCUCUCACGCCUGCAUCAGAAAAAGGGAUCAUGUGGCUGUAUGUGGGGAUGGAGCUGCUGUACAUCUCUCUGUUGAGCAUCAGUUCUCUGCUGUUGCUGCUGCAGCUGUGUUUGUCCUCCUGGUCUCCUCCACAGCAGCGCUGGCCUCACUUACUCAACGCCUUCGCCGCCGUCUGCACUGUUCUGGGAGGGUUGGUUGGGAUGGUCGCUCACAUGAUGUAUAUGCAGGUGUUCCAGGUGACGACCACUCUCGGCCCUGAGGACUUUAAACCUCACAGUUACGGCUACUCAUGGGCCUUUUACGUGGCGUGGGUGGCCUUCACCUGCUGCAUGUCGUCCGGCGUGUCCACGCUCAACAACUACACCAAGAAGUUUCUGAUGGUGGGACCCAAACACAGGAGCGUGUUUUACCCCUGCAGGAACUUCACCUUUCCUCCGCAGCCGCAGCCUCCGCUCUCGCCUCUGUCUCCGUACUUCUCUGCUGCGGUCCCGCCUCCUCCUCCUUCGCCUCCUCCUCGCCCCGCCCCUCUGUCUCCAUGCCCCACCCACCAGCCGCACAGACCCGCCCCUCUGUCUCCAUGCCCCUCCCACCAGCAGCACAGCCCCGCCCAUCUGUCCCCAUGCCCCGCCCCUCACUCCCCCUGCCCUGACUCUCUUUUGCCAUGCCCCACCCCUCCCUCAUACAGCCCCGCCCCUCUCUCGCCCUUGCUCUCUGCUCUGCUUCUGUCUCCGCUGAGCUUUGUGUCUCAGUGUUCAGACGAGGAGUUCUGAUCGUUCUUCACUCUGUCCUGUGUUUCUGUUUGUGUCUAUUAAAGGGGUCAUCGGAGGCUAAAUUCACUUUACAAGUUGUUUGAACAUAAAUGUGUGUUGGAAGUGUGUCUGCACAUCCAUCCUAUAAUGAUAAAAAUCCACCCAGUGUUUUUUUAAAAUUGUUAUUUUAAAAUCCCCUUUCUGAAAUCAGGCUGUUCUGAGAUUCCUGUCAGAAUGAUGUAGUUCUGCGCAGGCCCCUCCCACGAGAGUUGAUUGACAAGCCGUCUUACCUUAGCCCCGCCCUGAGUGAGCUGAGAGCUAUCGACUCCGGUGCAGGGAAGACAAGAUGUAAGCGAUUGAGGUGUUUAGUUGUUGGAUGUAAUAAUGAAUAUAGCAGUCGUCAUUUACUCCCGACAUCUGAGCCGCUGAAGACGCAGAGGGUUAACGUUACUUUCACUUUGAAGGGAACGCGCCGAUCCCCGAUCUACAUAAAUGUGUCUAUGUUCGCGCGAAUCAUUCAUGAUCCAGCUUCAUCUACAGAAGAAGUGAGUAUAAGGGUUUUUAUGAGUCUUUGCAAAUCGCCUUUCCUAAUAAUUUCCAGUUUCACAGCUGAAGUUUGCAGUCUGCUCGUCAUGGAAGAGAGGGGCGGGGUCAGCAGAGCUCAUUAGCAUUUAAAGCAACAUGAACUAGAUCAGCAUGCUGAAGAACGAGCUGAUUUUGACUAGUUAAAAUUUCUCAAUGGUAGUGUAAAAAACACCUUUUUUACCCUAAGUAUGUUAUAGACUUUUCAUUAAGACCCUAAAGAAUCAUAUCAAUUUGUGGAAAAUGGGCAUCCGAUGACCCCUUCAAAGCACGUGUGGCUUCAGCUCAGAUGUCCAAACUGAAUCUGAACGCCAAGUCUUUGUGAAAACAUAAAUGUAUUGCAGUGGGGGUUUUCUUGUGAUGUUGUGAUUUGACCUUUGAAAUCUUCAGAAGUUCCACUUUGUUUUGUGUGUUUUGUGCCAGAGCAAUAGACUGUGUGUUUUGAUAUUUUCCUGUUAAUAUUUUAAUUACUGCUAGUGAUUUCGUCCUAAAACUCCAACAGUAAUUACUGUCUGAUGAUCACUUUAAAUUGAUUCAAGUUUUAAACCUUAACUUUAAUAACUUAUUCUACAUGUUCUGUCUUCAGUUAAUAAAACAUGCUAAAAAUCA